UUUCUUUCCUUUGAUCCUUUGAAUAUUUUUCCAUAUAUAACUAAAUAUUUUUCCAUAUAUAAGAGAAAGAGUCUACAAUUAUUUAUUAUUUAUUAUUUAUUAUUUAAAAUUUAAGGUGUGAAAGAGUUGAGAACAAAGAAAGCAGCUUUUUGGAAAGCUGUGAAUCGAUUCGCUGCUGCAGGUGGGAAUAUAAGGCAGGGUUUCGAGUUUUCGAAACCCUAACCCUAGACGCCGGCUUCCAUGGAGUGUGACAUAGAGAGGGUUUUGUGGAGUCAAGACCAAAUCUCCCGCCGUGUCUCCGACAUCGCCUCUGAGAUUUCUGCUGACUUCCAUGCCCUCUCUUCUCCUCCGGUCUUCCUCGGCGUCGCCACUGGCGCUUUUCUCUUCUUGGCCGACCUCGUCCGCCACCUGUCCUUCCCCCUCACCGUCGAUUUCGUCCGAGCCCAGUCUUACGGCUCUGGUACUGAGUCCAACGGCGCUCCCUCGAUUUCCUUGGACUUGAAGAUUGAUAUCAAGGGCAAGCACGUAAUUGUGGUUGAGGACAUUGUAGACACGGGAAACACUUUGUUCUGUCUCAUUGCACACUUGGAAGCAAAGGGAGCAUCCUCUGUAUCAGUGUGUGCUUUCCUUGAUAAACCAUCAAGAAGAAAAGUUCAGUUUGAGCUAGUGGGUAAAGGGAAGUUUUAUCGUGGUUUUGAGUGUCCAGAUUAUUUUGUUGUGGGGUAUGGCAUGGACUUCGCAGAACAGUACAGGAACUUGCCUUAUGUGGGGGUCCUAAAGCCUGAAGUGUACAACUGAUUUGUCUCACCUCAGCUGAUGAUUUUGUAUUUUUAAGUGUUGGGAAGAAGGAAAAUUCUUCAGCAAUGCUCACAUCCAGCCUUUUAUUUUAUUUUAUGUUUUGGCAUUUUUAUGUCAGUUUAAAUUAAAUGACGAAGAAUUGAGAAGGAGAAUGGAAAAUUUUAUGUAUGUGUCCGAGGGUUAUGCAAAUUUUUGUACUAAUUAAUAAAUUCUCUUUUUUUUUUU